AUGAAAGGACUAAAGAGAUGGAGUCAGCCUUUGGGUAUGUUUGCAUCAUGCCCAGGAGAAUUUGAAAACUUCACUAAAAGUUUCAUUGAUGUAAUCCAUUAUGAGAAUAUACUCAAUAGGCAAGUAAUCUGCAAUACAGCCAAGAAGACAUCGAGAAAUUUAGGACUGACAACAAUAUAACAAUUGUCAGAGAUGGAGAAUAAGAUAAUGACAUAAUUUAACCCUUUUUAGAUUGGAAACAUUUCCCAUUAGGACCUCCAGAAUUUCAAUAACCAACUGCCAUUUAAUCUGAAGGUACUUGAAUAAUACAUUUAGUCAUACCAAUCGUAUUAUCUGGUAGAAAUGCCUUAGCAAUUGCUCAAACUGGAUCGGGUAAGACUCUAGCUUAUUUGCUGCCUGCUCUCGUGCACCUGGAACAACAUGCUAUGAUCAAGGAGUCCCCAUAACCUAAACUGCUUAUAUUGGUACCAACAAGAGAACUGGGAGUAUAAAUAUAUGAUCAAUUGCUUUAACUAAUUGAAUUUUAUUAUGGAAAUAAGAAGUAAAAUGAGAAGGAGAACAGUCCAAAUUUAAUGAAUCUCAAGAUUGUCUGCAUUUAUGGUGGAAACCCAAAUAAGAAACAACAAGUUGAAUUAAUUCAGAAGGGUGUCCAUGUAAUUGUAGCCACUCCAGGAAGACUAAUUGAAUUAAUAGAUGAAGGAAUGGUAAAUCUCAAUAAAAUCACUAUGCUGAUACUGGAUGAGGCUGACAGAAUGUUAGACAUGGGAUUUGAACCUCAAGUGAGAGACAUAGUCUCUACGAUCAGAGAAGAUAGACAAACAAUAUUGUUGUCAGCAACUUGGCCCAAUGAGGUUUAGUAAUUAUCAAAGGAGUUUUGUUACAAUCCCAUCUUAGUUAAGAUUGGGAAAGGAGCUCCAAUUACAUAAAAGAUUAUUUGCACAGGACAAAAGGAGAAGUUACAUGUUCUCAUGAAUGUCUUAGACGAUUUGAUAUAUACCGAUAAGGUCUUGAUUUUUGCAGAAACCAAGAAGAGAUGCGAAGAUCUAAGUCAGAGUCUCACAAAAUAAGGUUAUUUCUGUAUUUCAUUACAUGGGGACAAAUCGUAAGAUCAAAGAGAUGCAAUCAUGAAAUAAUUUAAAGAUUCCAACACCAGAUUGAUAUGCGCCACUGAUAUUGCAUCCAGAGGCUUAGAUGUCAAGGACAUUACUGUUGUUGUAAACUACGAUUUCCCUAAGUCCUUUGAUGAUUACAUUCACAGGAUUGGUAGAACUGGAAGGGCAGGAGCUCAUGGAAGAAGUUUCUCCUUGUUGUCUUAUGAAAAAGAUGAAGGAAUUCUUGCUGAUUAAGUCAUCACUUAUUUAAAUUCCUGUAAUCAGGAGGUCAAUCAGGAAUUGCUGGAAUUCAAAGAUAAAGCUCUUAAAGUCAAAUAGGAAAGAUAACAAAGAAAACUAUAACAAUAUAAUGACAGUUCUAAUCUAACCGGCAUUCCAAACUCCAUCUACCCUCCUAAUAAUUUUUCCCAGACUUCAGAAUCUAAGUAGGAGAAUUGUAAUUAAUGGGAAGGUAGAUAAUAGUACAUCAACCAAGGAAGCAAUCAAAAAAAACCAUACCACAAACACAGUCGAAGUGAAUACAAUGAGGAGUAUAAGGGGGAAAUACAGCAAUAUCAAUAGCAUCAUUAAAGAAAUUAUAAUAUGGAUUUCAAAAAUAAAUAAUAGUAGGAUAGAUAGCCAUAACAGUAAUUUCAACAUUAGUAGAAAAAAAAUUAAGGUGAUUCAAGAUAAGGCAAUGUGAGAAAUAGAUUUUCAGAUGCUGAACAACCUAAAACUUUAGAAAUUAAUUAAGAGUUAGAUUUAAAAAAUUAUAAAUUAUUGCCAUAAUUUUAAGAAGAAGAUAAAACUAAUUCUUUUCCAAACAAGCGAUUUAAUGAUUAAGAUUAAAAUUAAAAAACUUAUAAUAUGGACUUUAGAAGUGAACAUGAUAAUUAAAAUAGGAGAAAUAAUAACAAUACACAAAAUAAUAAUCAUGAAGCUUAAUUUUAUAAUGAUAAAUAUCUUAAUCACUUGAAAAAUGAUAAGACGUAUAAUAAUGAUAGAAAUUACAAUAACCAUUAGAGGAAUUAUGAUAAGAAUUUUAAUAAUCAUAAUGAUAGACCAAAUAAUAAUAAUUUCGAUAGAAAUAAUAAUGAAAGAAUCACUUUUGAUAGAAAUAACAAUGAGAGAAAUUUUGUAGAUAGAAGUAACAAUGAAAGAAAUUUUGUAGAUAAACCGAAUAAUGAGAGAAACUAUGUAGAUAAACCGAAUAAUGAGAGAAACUACGUAGAUAAAUCUAAUAAUGAAAGAACCUACGUAGAUAAGCCUAAUAAUGAAAGAAAUUAUGUUGAUAAAGCAAAUAAUGAAAGAAACCACGUUGAAAAAGCAAAUAAUGAAAGAAACCAUGGUGAGAAAGCAAAUAAUGAAAGAAAUUUUGUAGAUAGGCCUAAUAAUGAAAGGAAUUUUGUAGACAGGCCUAAUAAUGAAAGAAAUUUUGUCGAUAGGCCCAAUAAUGAAAGGAAUUUUGUAGAUAGAAGUAAUAAUGAGAGGUAUAAUGAAAGAAAUAAUAACGAAAGAUUUAAUGAUAGAAAUAAUAACGAAAGGUUUACAAAUGAAAAAAAUAAUAAUGAGAGAUUUAAUAAUGAUAGAAAUAAUAAUGAAAGAAAUUUCAAAGUGAAUAAUAAUGAGAGGAACUUCAAUAAUAAUGCUGAUAAAAACUUUUCUAAUUAAAACAAUUUUGACAGAAACAAUAAUGAAAGAAAUUUUAAUAAUCAAUAAGCAUCCAGAAAUUUCACAGGUGGAAAUGAUAAGAGUUUCAAUGAGAGAGUCUUUGCUGGUAAUGAUAAAUAUCAAAAUAACAAAUAGAUCAACUCAAAUUAAAAUGAUAGACAAUUUAAUUCAUAAAAAAACAAUGCUAAUGAUUAAAACUAUGAGAAUGACUAAAAAAUAUCAUCUAAAUAAUAUUAAGGAUUUUCAAAAUCAGAUUUUACAAAAUAUCAAAAUAUGAAGGGUUAAUAAAAAUGA